AUGGCUAUGACUAUACCGGCGUUAGUUUACGACAACUUGAAAGAAGGGGAAGGUGUGAAUGAAGGGGUGGAAGCACAGCGCUUUCCACAAAGGGAAAUAGAUGAAUUGGGCAUACAUAGAUCAGGGAAAGGCCAUGACGGCGCGGAUGACCGGAAUAAAGCAUGGUGUUGCUUUUGCUCAAGACAAAAAAGCGUGAACGAAGAAAGGGAACGUAAAAACUUGCUUGCGAAUAGUCGAAGUCAUGAGGAAAGUGUUAUAGAUAUUAGCAACAGUGGGAACUCUUCAGCUUCCAAAUCUUCCUCGAGUCAAACGGUCACCGGAAGCCGUGCGGAAUGGACAUGUGGGAGUGUGUUUUUGUUAAUACUAGUAAGCGCCCUUAUCGGAUGUCUGCUGUCGUGUGCUGUCAUCAUCCCAGUUUUUUACAUGAGCAGACCGUCCACUUUCGGGCUUCUCGCAGUUCCGUCGGUCAAUGAAAUGAAAACUUCCCAGGAGCACUGGCAUGAACGCUAUACGGACAAUGAAGAUCAUAGCAAACCAGUUGGAAGAUUUGUCCUAGAUCAGAACUCUUUGAUGGAAUAUGGUUUGUUACGAUGGAAGGAGUCGGAGCAGACAGCAGGCUCCCGCGUGCAUUCGAGCAGGAACGAGUCCUGUGUGGUUGUGCCGGAAGCCGGGCUAUACAGGGUCUACUCACAGAUUACUUUCACCUUCGACGGGCGAACAACCCGGUCCGAGGUGGCACACAGCGUCCUCGUGCGGAAGGGCGAAGACGAGAAUAUGGUGCAGAAGAAGUUGAUCAGCGUCCCAUUCAGAGACCCCGCGCUUCCGGAGCGACAGCAAAUCAUGGAGCCCAGCAAUCUCAUAACGUCCGCGAAAGUCGCGGUCAGCGACCGCAUAUGUAUAGAGGUCAGCCCAGUGGAUCUUGUGUACAAAUCACAGGUAGACAACGUACUUAUGGUGGUGAAGGAAGAGUGAACUGAACGUUAAGUCGGCUCCAAACCGAUGGAACACAUUUUGUCAACACAUAAUAGGAACAAGCGAGCAGCGGCAAGUGUAGUUUCCGAGAAAAGGAUAACGAGAUUAGAUAUCAGACUCUCAAAGGUGACACGGCUACGUGACACCUACGCAUAAAGGAUAGACAAAACGCAACGAAAAAUAAAAUCAGCGCGUGAACUGCUAAGCUUGGCGACGUUAAGCAACAUUAUCAAAUAUCUCACGGCACCAACUCGGAGGCGUUCCUUCACCAUUAUUUAAUAUCAUCGGCAUGGCUACCUCUGAAAGUGGCAAACACUACGAUUUUGAUGUAAAAAUAGACUGAGAAAUCGCAACUCAAUAUACAUGUUACCUAUUAAAGACAAACAUAUUUUUAUGGACAAAUACACGUUCCUCAAAGUUCUGCUGUUUUUAAAACAAAAAUGCUCAUUUGAAAUAUUAGUAUUAUUGUGUUUUUUUUAAAUUAACGCGCUUUCAUAAAAUGAAUUGCAUUUAUUUAAAACAAGCAUACAGAAAACUGUCACCAUUGUCAAACAUGAACUGUAAUUGUCUCAUCGUCCUGAGACGGUAUUCAUAAAACUGCUUAAGACAUUUCUUAUGCUAAGUAAGUUGCCUAAUAUUAAUAUCUCAUUCCUUAUACGAAAUAAUACUUUAAAAAAUCCUAAAUACAUUAUUUGCAGUGUCCUUAUUGAAAAAAUUCAAUAUACUUUAAUGUUAAAAACACUUCUACAUUAAUUUAAUUUGACUACAUGUACGAGGUUAUGUCCGCUGAUCGACAACGAACAAUGGACGAACGUCGCUGUACGCUUGUGAUUUUACUGUGCAAUCUUAUUUGAGGGUUUUUGUGAAAAUUUAUGGCACUUUGGGAAAUGCUUGUCUUUGCAAAGUUAUGGUACAUGAUCACAUGUUUGUUUUAACAGAGUUAUGGUACUGAAAGACAUGCUUCUUUAAAUAAGGAUAAGGCGAUGUUGAAAACGAUUGACGCUGUAUGAAUUGAUUGUUUUAACAUUAAUAUACGUUGUCAUUGUUUACUACUUAUUUAUGUAUGAUAUAAAAUUUUGUUGGCUCAAUAAAC